UUAAAUGGCGUGGAAGUUUGUUUGAAGACUCGCUAUACUUAAGUUAGUUAGUUGUUCUGCUUUUCGUUGCGGGCCAAACAAACUAAAAGGUGUCGGGCUGCUAAAAAUAGUCGCGACUUUUUAUACAUAAACAUUAUUGAUUCAACUACAUAGCUCAUCAGAGAAAAGUUUGCCGUUGACGCGGGUGUUCGUGCAAAAGAAUGAACUUUGCGAGAAAUCCGCCAUUCCAAUUCACUUUCGUUGCACAAAUCUCGCUGAAAAUACUCCACCGGGCGGCCUGUAGUUGCUCCCUUUCCAUGUCCGACCCAAUGCUGGUUAUUCUGGUUAUAUUCUGAUUGAAAUCUCUGCUGAGUUGUUGUUGUAUUGUGGUGAAUAUUUUAAUGUACCGUAACGGACACUGCAAGAGGCGGAAGAGCGAAGAAACAAGAAUGCAGUGUGUGAUUUUGAGUGAUAUUCGCUGCAACGUGCGUCAUUGCGCUCGUCGGCAAACAAACAAGACAGUGUUGUGUGGUGAUCGUCUAGGCGUCGUUAGUGUGUCACGAUGGGGUGUUUCGGAAGCAAAGAAAAACUCUCCAAAGAAGACAUGGAGUUCCUCAAGACUCACACUCGGUACGACGAGGCAACAAUCAAAGAAUGGUACAAAGGCUUCAAGCAAGACUGUCCGAACGGACAGCUGACGCCGGCCAAAUUCGUGGAUAUGUACAAGAUGUUCUUCCCGAGCGGCAACGCUGAAGAAUUCUGCGACCACGUUUUCCGCACGUUCGAUAUGGACAAGAACGGCUACAUCGACUUUAAGGAAUUUUUGUUAGCCAUCGACGUAACCUCGUCUGGAACCCCAGAAGAGAAACUCAAGUGGGCGUUCCGCAUGUACGACGUCGACGGCAACGGUGUCAUAGACAUCCAGGAAAUGACCAAAAUAGUUCAGGCAAUAUACGACAUGCUGGGCGCUUGUUCUUCCAAUCGGCCGGCCGACUCGGCCGAGGACCGGGCCAAGAACAUUUUUGCCAAGAUGGACGAAAACAACGACGGACAGCUGACGCAGGACGAGUUCCUCAAGGGCUGCCUGCAGGACGAGGAGCUUUCAAAGAUGCUGGCCCCCUAAGUGGUGUCCGCUGGACAUGUGUCAAAUUGUUGGCUGGGCUGCUGGAAAAAUGCCAAAAUUGUGUGUCGGCCGGCGAAGGCACCGAGUUAUGCGAAUGGCCAAGCCCCAAACACGACGGCCAGCAAUUUUCUCAAACCCAUGAAACACACACACACACACACACACACACACAAACACACACGCAUUACAACUACAUAAACACACACACAUACACAAACAUUUAUCCGCUAUAAGUAUAGAGAGUAAUACCUACGAUUAAAGCGAAUUAAACACGAGAAAAAUAUGAAGAAAACCAGAAGGGCAUGCAUCAAAAGAACAACUCUGGCAAAGAGUUUCUAGUCAAUCACAAGUUGUAAUUUAAUAUAAACACACUAGAUUUGCGGCUAUCAAAUGCUCUUUUUCGUUUUUCGGAACGCUGGUGGUUUGAAAAACAAAUCGAAUUUUGGUGCUCUGAUGUAUCUUUUUCGAUUGCUGGCAGUUAACGAGGGAAUUGUUAUAAAACAAACAUAAAACACACAACACUCGAGCGCACACACUGUACUUUGAAUAAUAUUAUUCGUGUUAUCAACAAAGGAAAAAAAUCAAUCAAAUUUUCUCUGAAUUGUACUGUAAUAUCACACAUUUAUUGGCAUAAAAUAACCUUUUUGGAAUGCGGGACGCGGUCAUUUUAAAAAAGAAUAAAAUUAUUAACUCGAAAUCAGUUGGCAUGCGGUCGCGGCCCACAUUCCGAAAGCGGUGGUUGGUCUAGGCGAGCGAGUUGAGCAGAUGGGGUGCGCUAGCCUAGACUUUUAAUUGCGACAUGUUUUGAUACUAAACUAAAAAUCCUAUAUCGUGUGCAAACCUCCCUAGCUAUUCACGCAUAUUGAAAAAUUGUAAUAAUUAUCGAACUUUUGGAUCGAAACAACGCGGUCUGAACGCGUGAGCAUCAUGUAGGAUCUGGACCAAUUUAAUUAAACGAAUCACGCUCUGCAGACCAGACAACGCAUUCCACUCAACAAAAGUCCAUUCAUUGUGUCUGAAAAUGUGUAUUUAAAGAAAGCAUUAAUUAUACGCGUAUUAUGUAUUUGUCAUUCUUAGGAUCUACGCAUUCAUGUUUUUUGGAUUGUGUGCUUGAAAAAUCUUCCACCCUGGCACUGGGUUUCUUUCUAUAGCUUUCCGAUCCUCAGCCACAGAACGUGUGUAUUUUAACUUAAAAAAAGCUGACUGAAAAUUCUUUCGGCCCAGGCUGCUUCUUCGGUGUUGCAUUUACAAGUUGAAAUUGCACGCGCACUUUUAUAUUUUUGUACUUCUCUGCAAAUAUUGUAAAAAUAAAGCAAUUAGAAGGUAUGAUGCUGAUACUGAUGAUGACGACGAUGAUGAAAUUAAAACAAACAAAGAAAAUACAAAACAAUUAAAAACCAAGAGUGAUCGAGGGUAACAUAAAUAGCUGACGAAAAGAAUAUGACUUGCACUUGAUGAACAUUUACUGUACUCAAUUAAUUGAUAAAAAAAAGCUGCUCGCUUGGUGUUUUACGAAUCGGUUGGCUCAUUUGUGUGUGUGUUUCCUUUUUCACUCUGCUCUAAUGUACGCAUAACAUACGUGGUGCGGUGCGCACAACGCACGCACCGCCUAUAGGACACAAACUCUGUCAAGACAUGUGAGAAUGGGAAUCUGGAGAGAUGUGUACGAUGUAAACUACUUUCUUAAACGAUUAUAUCAUCGCUAAUAAUACUUAAAAUUAAGGAUUAUCGAGUACGCGAUUAUUGCGUACGCAAAACGAAGCGAGAGAAAAGUUAUUCCUUUCACAUUCCUCUUGAUUUCCGCCGGUCAAGUUGCAAUUCUCCGCCAAAUCGCGUCCAAAGCGCUGCUCGUGCUGCUGUCCACGCGUCACUCUGGCCGACACCCAGGUGUCCAAGUUUGCAAAUCCAACUCGGACUACUCGGGGGUAAAACAGCGAGUUGCCGGUGGACAAUAAAUAUUUUCGCGACGAUGCUGGUCGGGGGCGACCGGCGCGACGCGGCUUUGCAGCUCAAUCGAACGGAAGAUAAUUCUUGAGUCGGCGGCUUGAGUCGCUUUCCCGAGUUUUGGCGGAGGCGUUGCGCCCAAACAACUUUUGGCUGUCCAAAUGAUAAUAUAGUAUACACAUCUAAGCCCUUGCUAGUGACUUUCCUAACUAAGUACACAAAAAAGAAAUCGAACUCUUUCAUUACGGUUAGUUGGCGCGCAUCUCCGCCAGUUCCUUUUCCGGUCCACUGGAGAUUCAAUCAAAUUGUCAAACCUGAUUUCGCCGAGAUUAUUAUAAAUGUAUGUUGUUGUAGCCUAUUGAGAUGCCUCUCGAAUGAUUUCAGCUGACACUUGAGGUGGACAAAAAUAAAUGUUUGCGAAAAAUUGAAGUGUCACUGCUUUUUCUGCCAAAAUGGUGCGGAUGUUUUCAUUCAAUCUUAUGACGCUCCCUGCUGCUUUCUGUUUUCGCUUUCAACUUACGAGACGAUGAUAAAAACACACGAGUGCUUUCCCCUUUUGCUAUAUUAUAUUGAUUCGGAGCAUCACCUGAUUGUACAGGGUAUGGUCAUCUACCUCCCUUGCCUACUCUCUUGUUAUUCUCCACACUUUUCACCUUUAUCUCUGAGAUAAAGAACGAUGUUUGUGAUUUUCGUGUUAUUAAUUAUGAGAUGUAUAGAGAACACAA